UAUCACUCUUAAACCCACCACCUCAAAUCCACCUCCAUGAUCCCCAUUCCUCUUCUCUCUUCUCCUCCUCUAUCUCUUCCCCAAAAAACCCUAAAUUUCCCCUAAUAAUCCCCCAAAAUUCGAUCUUUCCCUCCUCCAAUCGCCGCCGGCGAUGGGGCUUUCCAGCCUCCCGACGCCAUCCGAAGGCAUGCUCACGCUAGUCCUCGUCAACACCGCCCUCACGAUCUCAAUCCUCAAAUCCAUCGCUUUCGCCGCUCUCCGAGCUCUCCGCCUCCGCCCGCUUCCAGAUCCAUCACCAGACUUCUCCACUGAUGACUCCGCUGCCGCUGUCACCUUCUCCGCCGAGCCGAGCCCGCUGGAUCGGUUCCGGAGCCGGUUCAAACCCUUCCGGAUCGGUCGGCGCUGGGCCGGCGAUUGCCGGGUUUGUCUCGCCCGGUUUGAACCGGAAUCGGAGGUUGAUCGGCUCCCGUGCGGCCACGUGUUCCACAAGGCUUGCAUCGACCGUUGGUUAGAGUACCACCAUGUCACGUGCCCUCUGUGCCGCUCCCGCCUCCUCCCUCCCGACGACUCUUUGCCCUCCUUUUAGCUGGUAUUUACGCCUCUUGCCAUCCCCUUUAUAUAUACGUAUACGUAUACGUACAUACAUACUAUGCUCUCUGCUCUUCUGUCCUUUCUCCUCUCUAUGUUCAUAUUUAUAUAUAUAUAUAUAUAUAUAUAAAUAAAAAAAAUCUAAAUCUAUAUCUUUAUAUAUAUAUAUAUAUAUAAAUACUCUCUGUGUACAAUUGAUAUCUGUUAUUUAGAGAGAAAGAGAGAGAGAGAGAGAAAAA